GUCAGUAAGAGAAAGUACGGCAACAGCUUUGGUUGGUUUAAUUACUUAAGCAAUUUCGAUUGUAUACGAAUGACCACUGCGAUUGGAUAAAAAAUAUAUUAAAAAUUGUGAUAAAUUAAUUGUGUAUUCCAAAAGUUUGGUUAUUCUAGUAGAAAUACAUUCGAAAAAGUAAAUACAAUAUGCACGUGUAAAAAAGUUAUGUAAAAAACAGUGAAAACUAAUAUGAAAAUCCAAUUAAUGUAAAAGACAAAAUUGAAAUAAAUUGUUGAAAAAGUUGAAUAAAAAAUGUGUCAUAAAAAACCAACAAAUAUCAUAAAACUACUGUGAACUAUUAUCUGUACAUUUGUACAUAUAACGAAAAAAUAUACAUAUACUUUAUUAAAAAUACGUUCUUCGUCUGCUGUUAAAAGAUGUAAGUGUACUUUGUAAUAUCUAGUAACUCAGGAUCUAUAAAAAGUAUUUUUCGAAAAUAUUAAAAAUGGCAGACUACUUCAUAUAUAAAAUAUAUAGAGAUAAUAAAUUACCUUAAUACCGAAAAAAUAUAAUAAGUAAAUGAAAUAUCAUAAUAACCACAAAUAUAAAUACUACUGUGUAAAGACAAGGAUAUUUCGUGUGCUGCUAUGUUUAAACUAAGUACCAAAAUUGGAUUACAGAAUAAUGCCUUUAUAUUUAUGUAACCGCUUUACCAAACAUCUAAUCAAAGGGUAUCAACGAAAUCAUCUACAGUUUUUAAAAUACUGUGAAUAAAAUGAUAAGAAUACUACAUUCUUCGUGAUCUAAGGAGGAAGGAUUUAUACGAACAGUAUAUACAUAUUUAUAUGACAAAAUUGUCUACUGGAUAUAUUGUGGAUAAAGCCAAUGGAAAUAAAUUUAAGUUUUAAACGUAAUUUAAGGGAAAGUGAAAAAAUAUAAAUAUAUUUAUAUUGAAACUAGAAGGCUGAAAUUUUAGGAUUCUUGGUAAUUAUACAAAGGCAGAACACGAUAAUAUAAAGUGAAAUCUUUACGAAAGUGGUAUCUAGGACACAGUCAACACAACCAAAUAAAGCUGAAUAAAUGAGACUGACUAUAACAUUAAGUUUUGAAAAUAGUCUAAGUAGUGUCUAAGACGGUUAAAGCUAAAAUAUAUAAACAAUCGAAGAGUGUUUACAGAAAAACAAUAGAGGCCAAGCCAACAUUUAACCAUAUUCUCUGUCUGGGAUUUUAUUUGCAUAAUCACUUUAUAUGCAUUGAAAUAUCCUUUGUUUUUGUAAUAUAAUUACAACAUACACAAUGCUUAAGAGAUUUAAAUAUAUUGACGCAACCGCUGGUCUAGUUAACGCUAAUAAUCAAGAAUCAACAGAAACGGAGCCCUGUUCUGAUAAAAAUAUUUCGGCUAAAAAUAAUUUGUCAUAUAUAAAAUUGAUUAAAACAGAGCCUAUUGAUCUAGAAAUGGCAUAUGUGGAAUCAAACGAUUCAAAAGAAUAUCGUUUAGAAAAUAUAUCGCAAACUAAAUUAAUGAAAAAGUCAAAAGUAAAUGAAACUGUACUGAAGUCCACAAUAGCACCUUCAGUGAAUUACCAACACGUACAGAUACAAACUGUCCAACCGAGGCAACCGGGAGUAAAUUUACUUAAUAAUUCUAAUGCUAUGCAAAAAGUUACAUUGACCCCACGUUUGGAGGUGAUUAAUAGGUCUACAUCUAACGAUGGGGGAAGUGAUAUUGGUAAUAUCAUAAGGCAAGCUUAUACUUCCCAACAGCACAUUUCCAGAGACCAAUCUCAGCCUCCACAUUCUUUCCAUACAAGUGCGCGGAUAGAACAACGAGUUUUACAACGUCAACAAUCGGAUUCCAUAACUGGACCGCAAAUUAUAAUUUCCCGACAACCAUCAAAUAUUGUGUCUCCUACUGCUUUACAGCGUCGUCAUUCUGCAAGUCCUUCACAUUGUGAAGGGAAUCCAUCUUUUGUAAGUUUAAGUAAUAAUUCGGAUUGUGUAUCUUCUUCUCCACCUCCAUCUCUUCGAACUUUACAACAAUAUUCAACAAAUCGUUCGCCGCAACCAUCACCACCACCGUUGUCCUUACAACAUCAUGUACGGGUUAUAAGAGAUGGUCGGUUAUAUGAAGAAGCUGCUUCAAGACCAGUUCACUCUUCUCGACAAUCCGAAUCUCCCCCUCCGUUGUUACACCAUCACCAAUCUCGAUCUGCUCCCGUUUCACCGGUUGUACCUCGUCGAUAUUCGAUUUCCCCACAAGAUAUUCCGACAUCAUCUUUAUUCCAACAACAAACAAUUGAAAAGCAUCAAGGGCAUUCACAAGUCGUGGUUAAUAAUAACAAACAUGAAAUUCAUAUAUCAGAUACUUUAGGACACUUUCAAAGGAAGAAAAUGAUUUCUCCUCCUCUUCCAUCUUCAACAUCUCUUCAUACGUCGGUUAUUGCAACGGAUCCAUCAUCCACCCAAGUUUUGAUGGAAACUCCUUCGACAACACUAAGUAAUUCCCAUUCGCACCGGUAUGCACUUUCAUCAUCAGCACGAAAAUAUAUUGUUACCACUAAUACACCACAAUCGAGCUCAAUACCAACAAGCAUUCUACGACAACAACAUGUUAAAUUUGUUCAACACAAGCACCAAAUUCCCCAAUAUCAAGAAGAUGGAAAUACUUCGUUACAAUUGACAGCUGCCACAUCUUCUUCAACAUCAACUGGAACUCGAAAUUUUCGUUUACCUGUUGUUACUAGUAGCAGUAGAUGCUCUAAUAUUGGCACCAACGACCAACAAUUUCAUAGCCACAAUAACACUGCCAUGCGGCCGCCUCCACCACCACCUCCAAAGAUCAAAAACUCAUGCUCUUCUAUCACUUUACCCACUACGAAUAAUGGGGGAACUUCCACUAGCGAGGAGCCGUCCAGCUCAAUUCCAGAUUUGGAAUUUGAUGGCACAACAGUACUAUGCCGUGUCUGUGGUGAUAAAGCGUCUGGUUUUCAUUACGGUGUACAUUCCUGUGAAGGUUGUAAGGGAUUUUUCCGGCGCUCUAUUCAGCAAAAAAUUCAGUACCGUCCGUGUACUAAAAACCAACAAUGUAGCAUUUUACGAAUUAACCGUAAUCGCUGCCAAUAUUGUCGGUUAAAAAAAUGCAUUGCAGUAGGAAUGAGUCGUGAUGCGGUUCGUUUUGGCCGAGUCCCAAAACGUGAGAAAGCGAGAAUAUUAGCUGCUAUGCAGCAAAGUACACAAAAUCGUGGUCAACAACGUGCGCUGGCAGGAGAACUAGAUGAUCAACCAAGACUUAUAGCUGCUGUACUUCGAGCUCAUUUAGAAACUUGUGAGUUUACAAAGGAAAAAGUUUCUGCAAUGCGUCAAAGAGCAAGAGAUUGCCCGUCAUAUUCGAUGCCAACUCUAUUGGCAUGUCCUCUAAAUCCUGCCCCUGAGUUACAAUCAGAGCAAGAGUUUUCCCAACGAUUUGCCCAUGUCAUACGUGGCGUUAUUGACUUUGCGGGUAUGAUACCUGGUUUUCAACUGCUUACACAAGACGACAAAUUUACUUUGCUAAAGGCAGGCCUUUUCGAUGCGUUGUUCGUACGUUUGAUUUGCAUGUUUGAUUCCUCUAUCAAUAGUAUUAUAUGUUUAAAUGGACAAGUUAUGCGCCGCGAUGCAAUACAGAAUGGAGCAAAUGCACGUUUUUUAGUGGAUUCCACAUUUAAUUUUGCUGAGCGAAUGAAUUCCAUGAAUUUGUCAGAUGCAGAAAUUGGACUAUUUUGUGCAAUCGUUCUUAUCACACCAGAUAGACCGGGCUUGCGAAACAUUGAAUUAAUCGAAAAGAUGUACAGUCGAUUAAAAGGUUGUUUGCAAAAAGUUAUAAGUCAGAACCGUGCUGAUCAACCGGAUUUCAUGUCUAAAUUGUUGGACACAAUGCCCGAUUUGCGAACACUUAGCACACUUCAUACAGAGAAAUUGGUAGUUUUUCGUACAGAACACAAAGAGCUAUUACGCCAACAAAUGUGGACAAUGGACGAUGAGCAAUCAACGAAUAUUAAGAGUCCUGUUAUCAAUUGGGAUGAUGCUCGUAUGGACGUUGAAGCCAAAAGCCCUCUUGGUUCAGUAUCAAGUACUGAAUCAGUAGAUUUGGAAUACAGCACCUCCUCUACCACCUCAGCGCCACAUCAUCGCGUUAAUAAUCUAGAUCAGCAACCGUCAGCAUUAGCUUCGUCAACUCCUUUGUUAGCGGCAACAUUAUCUGGUCCAUGUCCUCUACGUAACAGAGCCAAUUCUGGCUCAUCUGGCGAUUCUACCACUGAAAUGGAUAUUAUGGGCUCCCAUGCACACCUUACCCAGAAUGGGUUAACAAUCACUCCAAUUGUUCGAUCGCAUUCCCACCAACAGUUGCAUCAUCAUUUAACUACUGGCGCGCCAAACAGAUAUCGCAAAUUAGACUCACCAACUGAUUCAGGCAUCGAAUCCGGUAAUGAAAAGAAUGAUUGUGUUAUCAAAGCUGUAAGCUCUGGAGGUAGUUCCUCUUGUUCUAGCCCACGUUCUAGUGUAGAUGAUGCAUUAGAUUGCACAGAUACACCUGCAGCAAGCACCAGUCAAGUUAAAUUAUCUGUUUCUCCUGUUCGUUCACCUAAACCCAUCGCUCCAACAUCCACCUCAUCUUUAACUGGAAUAGUUAGUACGCCAAAUUCCCUUAAACGUCAAAUUGUCGAAGAUAUGCCAGUAUUGAAGCGAGUACUAGAAGCGCCGCCACUUUACGAUACCAAUUCACUAAUGGAUGAAGCUUAUAAGCCACAUAAAAAAUUUCGAGCAUUACGACAUCGUGAAAUCGAAAUUGCAGAGGCAGAUCCAAGUUCCACAUCUAAUAAUUCUUUAAAUACAGAGAAAAUAACCACACCAAAAGCAGAUGCAAAUAACACGGUACAAAGUUCGCAAGUGGCAACAGCAGCAAGUAGUCCACCGCCGUUUAUUCAAUCAACGGGUACAGCUUGUACUCCAUUUGUUACUUCUCAUUGUACAGUAACAACAGCGUCAUCUCCACAUUCCCACGCUAUAACUGGAAGUUCUUUAAACAGCCAUCACCAGAGUCAGCUACAUAUGCAUUUGACACGUCAUACGAGUUCGAAUCAUAAUACUAGUAGCAAUGGUAACCAAAAUCAUACUAGUAAUGUACCGCCACAACAGCAAUCUUCUUUAUCUAGUACACAUUCAGUGCUCGCUAAAUCCCUGAUGGCUGAACCACGUAUGACUCCUGAACAAAUAAAAAGAUCUGAUAUCAUCCAAAACUACAUUAUGCGCGAUCAAGCAUCCUGUUCUUCAGGUUCAUUGAUUCCUGGCACUCCAACCCAUACCAGAACACGAAGCCCAGCACCAGUGCAGCAUCUAUCCGCAAUGAAUCAGACUUCCCACCAUUAUACAUCUAUUGCUUCCCCAUCUUCAAGUAAUUCUCCAACUUGCUCAAGCACAGUCUGCAGUUCAUCUUCGACUACAACAAUAACAUUAACUUCACCACCAAACUCUGUUAGCCCAACUGUUACACGAUGGCACGGUCAUUCGGUUAUAACGACAACAAACAUCAACCAGCGCCAGCAAUCUGUUUCGCCAAGUAGUAAUGGGUCAUCUUCAUCAUCAUCUUCAUUAAAUGGUUGUCAAUAUUUUCAAUCUCCACACUCCACAUCAGCUGCAGUAUCUCCCCCUCGCCCGUCGCCAUCAGCUGUUCAUUCACCCCCACGCUUAUUGGAAUUGCAAGUGGACAUUUCCGAUUCACAACAACCGUUGAAUUUGUCAAAAAAAUCACCAACACCACCCCCAAAUAAGUUGCAGGCAUUGGUAGCGGCAGCAACUGCGGUACAAAAAUAUCCUACCGUUUCUGCCGAUGUAACUGUUACACCGGCUAAAACUGAAAGUCCGCAAACUGUAACCACUGUGCCAGCAAAUAGUACGCAGCAACUACAGGUCAUGCUGGAAGCGUAAGCUUAAUACAUAUAUGAGUUAGUGAAUAUUUUCGCUAUAUAAUUUUAUGUAAAGAAUGCACCAGUAUAAAAUAUAUUUUGAGAUUAUUCGAAAGAAAAUAUAAAAUGUGCAUGGUAUGAUAUUAAGAGGAAAAUUUGGAUUUGUACCAAAACCUAAAAGUUAAUAAGAUUAGGUAACAAAAAAGAGAGAGACUGAAUAUUCAUGUAUGUAUAUAUAAAAAAAAUGAAAUAUUUUAAAGUAUUGAUGCAAGAUGGAUAUGCUACUUGACGUGAAUGAAUUAAUACGUUUUUGGGACGAUCUUUAAUUAACCAAAAAAUAAAUAAAUAAACACAGAAAUAUACGUACAUUUGUGUAAAUGCGUAAAUAGACAUACAUAUAUCUUUUCCUUAAAACUUUUGAAGUUGAUAGUAGUGAAAACUGAUAAAUAAUUAUAAACUAUAACUUAUGUAUUAAAUAUAAAGAAGAACUGUAUAUGAAUCGAGCAUGGAUGCAUUUUAGAAGAUGUGGUAAAAAUUGUGACAAAGAGUUAUAAAUGGAAGUAUAAGGGGAGUUGCCAUUUUGCUUUCUGUUUUUCAAUUCAUAAAAAAAUUAAAGAUUUUUAUUGUAUAUUUUAAAUUUUGUUAUUAUAUUUUUUUGGAAAAUUUAAACAAAAAUUAAACUUUUUUGCAUAUGUAUGUGUACUAAUUAUUUGUAAUCAAAAUUAUUGUGAUUUUUUUUGUCAACCAAAUAUGAACUGUAUUAUAUUAAACGAUUGGUGUUUAUAAAAAUGUUAAUGGCAAAUCCUUAAAACUUAACGACUGUAUCUUCGAAGCACACAAAAUAAACUGUACAAAAUGCAUGCAAUAUAGAUUUAAAAUACCAUAACACCGUGACAAAAAUAAUUAAUUAUGCUACACUUCCUUUUAAAUCUAAUACGUAUAUGUAUUUGCAGUGAAGAGAAUAAUUUUAAUUGUAAGGCAAUGAAAUGUUUUUAGAUACAUGGCACAACGAUAUGAUAUUAUAUAUAUGUUAACUUAUAAAUGCCGUAUUACAUUAAAAUUGAGUAUAUAUAGAUACAUAUGUGUAUUUUAUUGAAUUAUCUAUAAAUUAAAUUCCGGCGCAUAGGAAUUCCCAUAAAAAGCUCAAACGCCGUUAUCGAAUCCAUUUUUUGCUCGGAAAGUUUUGAGAUCAAUGUAUAAUCAAAAGAAACAGAUAUUUGAAGUCUAGAUUUGCAUAAUUUAGCAAAUUGAAGAAGAAUAUCUACUGUAUUAAUUUAAGUUAUUUAUAAUUUCUGGAAAGAAAUGUUGUUCCAGUGGUCCAAUAUGAUUUAAUAUUGAAAACUCUACGAGUUUUUCAAUAAGCAAAAAAGUUGAUUAAUGUUUAAUUCUUCCUACUAUAUAUGCAUAGUAAAAUUUUGCUUUCAUAAGCAGUUUUACUUUAGAGAUCUUAUUUUAUAAUAAAAUUGUUUUAUUGUUCGUUGGUUUGUUUUAUCUUUAUUAUUAAAAUUUUCUAUUUAUCUGUUGGAGUGAUAAAUUUUUAACGUGUUACUUUUCUAAAAAUAAUUAAUAUUAUUGUUUUCUAAAUUUAUAAUAUGUAUAAAGUUCUAAAUAACUUUAAAAUGUAUAUAUAUUGUAUAUAAUUUUUCUUAUUUAAUAAGCACAUUAAGAUAAAAAAAUAUUCCUAAGUUAAUUUUUGUGUGCAUAUGUGUUUCCAAUUAUUGAAUGUAUUGGCCGUUGAUGUAUUGUUUAAUUUAAAACAAGUUCUUAAACUUUCAUUUAUUCUCAUGUUAAUAUGAUAAGAGAAAGUGAAUUUAUUCUUAUUAGUAAUAUUAGUAGUAUAGUGGUAGUAUGCUAUAUUUGUAGUAGGUACAAAAAAUAAAAUUUUUUCAAAUACACACACAUAUUUAAAAUAAAUUAAAAUAUUUGCGUUUAAUUUUUGUGAGUUAAAAUUUUAAAUAUUUUUUUUGUUAUUAUUAUCUUAACACAUACUUAAAGGCUUUUUUCUCCAACAAUAUUCUUUUAACUGAUAACUUUUUACGCUAAUUUGAACCACAAAUGUAUUUAUAUAUUUGGGCAUAUAAAUAGUUUAGCUGGUUAGCGAUUUCCUUAAUACAUAUUUAAUAUCUUAUAUGUAUUUUGUAUGUACGUAUACAUAUAUAUCAACUUAUAAAAACGUAUAAGUUGUUAAAUCAACAGUUUAACAGGAAUGGAAUUAUAUUAGAAUAUCAAGAAACGCUGAUGAAAAACUGUACGGAUAGGUGAGCGGAAUCAAAUAUUUUGGAAUGGUUAGUAUUUAUAAUAAUUAAUAAUUACAUAUUCAUAUAUAAAUAUACAUAUUUCUUUAUUAACUUUGAUAAUUAUGGUUCUCAUUUUAAAGCUCAAAAUUAAUAUUUAUCUGGCUCAAAGCUCUCUUCUGAAGUUGAUAGCAAUAGUCUACUUUACUGACAAAGUAAAGCUAAAGCUAAACCUUGAUGCUGUUGGUUACGCUAAGAAGCUUAAUAUUAUAGAAUGUAAAAAAAUGCUAACAUAAAUUAAAAUUGGUUUCAUUCCCUUUUGGCGGCUUUUUUUUAUUUGGCUAUGAAUGUAAAUCAUAUAUAAUUUAUUUGCCUUGCACAAAGAAAAUACCGAAAUAUAGAAUUAUAUUAUAACAAAAAUAACUGAAGCAUGAUUAAAAUAUUUUCAAAAUUAAUAUUUUUAUGGAUAAUUUUAAUUCUAAAUAAUAGAAAAAAAAUAUUAAAGAGUAUCUUUCAAAAUAUUGUAAAUAGCUAAUCUUAUAAUAACAAUAUUAAUAAAUCUAAUUAAAUACAUAUUAUUGAAAAGAUUUCUACAAUCACCAUCGUCAUAAACUUGUAUAGAUUUUUACGUGUACACACUGGAAUACUUACACUUAUGUAUGUAUGUACGUAAAAUGGAUGGGUCCAGUUGUGGUUAUACAGAAUAUCAAACAUAGAUCUGAUUGUGUGGUCAAUAUCCCUCCUGACACAAUUUUCAAAUCAAAUACUCAAUUGUAAAAUCUUUUUACAUUAAGGAUAUGCGAUUUUAAAGAAGUAAUAAUAAAAAAGUUUACAAAAUACAAAUAAGAAUAAAGCAAAGUUAGAACACACUGUACAUAUUUUUAAAUGAUAAAAUAGUCACAUUAAGCAAUGCACGUUACUAUAAAUCAAUGAAUGUAUAUUAACAUACUGCAUACAUAACGAAUACGUAUAAGACGAAUAUAUCAAUCAUAACAAAAAUAUUCGUAUGUGUAGGUGUAAUGAAUGGCCUGCCAAAAUUGAAAUUAGAAGGGAGGGAGUAUAAAAAAAAAACUUUACUCGUUGAUUUGAUAAAUUAAAUAUUCAAAUUAUGAAUGUAAUGACAUUUUAAAAACAUCAUGUUCAUAUAUUUUCAUAACUAUGGAUUGGAAUCGAAGUAUUUAAAAAACACAUUGAUUGAAAUUUAUAAGAUAAUUAAUCAUAUAAAUGGUUGAAAUACCAGAACUUUUACAAGAGCCUGUCCACGACUUGCAUAUAUAGUAUGUAUGUAUGUAUAUAAUACAUUCAGGCAUACUUAUGUUUGAAAUUUGCAUAUACAUAUAUGGAAGGAUUUUGGUGUCAAUCUGUGGGCACUGGAGCAAUCUUAUUUCUUAACAGGAUAUUUUUUGUGAACAUUAUUUAAAAAUUGUGAACUCUAGGAUAAGGACAACAUUUUUGUUGUAUGAAUAUAAUAAAAUAUAAACUUGAGUAAAAA